CUUGUUCGCGCCCUUUACCUCGACCCUCUUUAUUCUCUCUCUCCUCGAAUCGCCGCGUCUCAUUUCCCGCACCGGCUUCUCGAACGCCCCGAAACCGCCUAUUCGACGUCCAUAGACGCUCUCGCGCAUCUCCUUCACAUCACCGUACAUAAUGUCUACGAGGGACCUUUUCGACACGAUCGCCGACGUAGGCAGCGAUGAGGAGGAAGAUGAGGAUUUCGACGAGGAAGGUGGUGCGGUACGGCCCAAGAAGUCAAUUGGCGCCAAUGGAAUCGACGACUCCAGUGAAGAAGAGGACGAGGACGACGAUGAACUGCUGGCAAAGGAAGGCGCUGGCUUCAUCGCUGACGAAGACGAGGACGAGGACGAAGCAGAUGCACGGAGAGAACGACGGCGCAGGAAGAAGCGCAAGAACCGUGAAGCUGAGGAAGACCUCGACGAAGACGACCUCGAUCUGAUUGGCAUUGAGCGACCUGAGCGAGAAGACGAAUCAGCGCCUAAGUACAAACGCCUAAAGCGCGGUCACAAGGAGAAGCGCAAAUCACGCGGCAUCGACGAUAUCUUUUCCGACGAAGAGGCAGUCGACGACAUCGACGAGCCUCGAAGACUCGGUGGAGAGUUUGACGAUUUCAUCGAAGAGGAUCAGUUCGAGGACGAGAUCGAAGACGACCGCGAUGUCACACAACCGGGUAUCAGCCUAAUCACACAAGGACUGCAAGCUGCCGGGCUGGACGAGGGCGCUGAGGAAGACUACAGGGCAGCUUUCGGCGAUGGCACCGACUACGACUGGGCCCUCGAGAUGCAGGAGGCCGAAGAGGAAGAGCAGGCUGGCGAAGGUCGUGAGCUCCAACUGAAGGACGUUUUCGAGCCAUCACAACUCCAGGAGCGCAUGUUGACAGACGAGGACAACAUCAUUCGUGAGACGGACGUGCCUGAACGCCUGCAGCUCGCCCGCAAGCCGUUCAAAGAGCUCGAAUUGACACCUGAAGCUAUGCAGAUCCGGCUGGAGGAGGAAGCGCUGUGGAUUUCAAAGCUUCUCUGGCCAAAGAAGGGGCUGCCAAACUAUUUCCAGCAACCUUUCCAAAGUGCUGUGCGCAAGGUUCUCGAGUUCAUCAACAUCGAGGAUUACGAAGUACCUUUCAUCUUCAACCACCGGAAAGACUACCUUAUUCAUGCACCCGGCGACAACGACGAUCAAGACGACUUUGGCACUCCACCUCCGGAUGCUCGACCAGAACGCCUUCUGAACCAGAGCGACUUGUGGGAGGUAUUCGACCUCGAUCUCAAGUUCAGGGCUUUCGCUGAGAAGCGAGACUCGCUGCGCCAAAUCUAUGAGAACAUCAGAGCUGUACAACCAGAUAUCGUUGAUGGUGAGAUCGAGGAUCUGAUGGAGAAGGCUGUCACCAUCGAAGAGAUUCAAGAAUUACAGGAUUACCUACACUACCAGUACUCGCAAGAGAUCAACGAAGUACGACAGGAGAGCAACGGCACACAGAAGCGCGCCAACAAUGCGCGCAACUUCUUCGACAAAUUGCGAGGAGGCAAAGCGCAUCUGCUUGUCAAGGCCAUUGGCAUCAGUGCGGAGGAAUUUGCCAAGAGAGCUGAAGGGUCAAGCAGAGGGCCUCAAGUCAUCGAAGACCCACCGUCCAAGGUCGAAGAGCUCGCUGAUCAGAUGGCCGAUGCACCCGAGACUGGAAUCUCGCUGCUCAGAUCAGCCAAGCUCCUGUUCGUGCAGGAUCUGCAACAGAGCUCUCGUCUUCGCAGGUUCUUGCGAGGUAGCUUCUAUCAAAACGCUCUGAUCGACUGCAUGCGGACAGACAAGGGUAUGCGGAAGAUCACCGAGGACCAUCCCUACUAUGAGUUCAAGUACCUGCGCGGGCAGACAUUCCUCGAUCUCAACGGCCGACCAGACCUGUUUCUGAAAAUGCUGAAGGCUGAGCAGGAAGGUCUUGUUCAUGUCCGCAUCUCGAUGGGCAACUAUGAAAGCUUCAAGUCUAGGCUUCACGACAAGAUUGUUUCAGACAAUGUCAGCGAAGUUUCCGAGACAUGGAACAACCUUCGAAAGGAACUGCUCGACAUCGCCUUGGAUAAGCUGCAGGGCAUCAUCGCCAACGGUGUUAAGGAGACUCUGCGAGCUCGUUGCGAAGAUGAGCUUGCCAGUCGUGCCAGGGAGAACUACUACAACAAGCUUGAUCAGGCGCCGUUCAAGCUUAAGAGUGCUGUCCUUGGUUCGAUACCUAACGUUUUGUGUCUUUCGAAUGGCAAAGGUCAACGCGGUGACGCUAUCCUGUGGGCCUACAUCGAGAACGAUGGUCGUGUCAUGGAGCACGGCAAGCUUGUGGAUAUGAGGCUCGGCAACCAGGAGCGCGGCAUUCCUGACGGUCAAGAUAUUGUUAAGCUGGUCGACGCUAUCCAGCGCAGGCGCCCGGAUGUUGUCGGUAUCAGUGGUUGGUCUGUCGAGACUCGAAGGCUGUACAAAGAUGUCCAGGAUAUCGUCGCUCAACAUAAACUGACAGGGCCAAGCUACGAAGAUGAAAGCACUGGUCAGGACAAGAACGAUCUUCUUGAAGUGGUCCUGGUUAAUGACGAAGUUGCUCGACUCUAUUACAACAGCGGUCGUGCCGCCGCCGAGUUCCCCAAAUUCCCUCCGCUCACCAGAUAUUGCGUUGCCCUCGGUAGAUAUCUGCAGAACCCGCUCGCUGAGUACGCCUCGCUAGGCAAGGACAUCGUGUCACUGCCGUUCGUCAAGGACCAAACACUCAUUCCCCAGGACAAGCUUAUGGACCGUCUCGAAACAGCUAUGGUAGACAUGGUCAAUCUUGUCGGCAUUGACCUACCGGAGACAUACGAUGACAAGUACAUGUCGAAACUUCUGCCGUACGUCUGUGGUCUCGGUCCACGUAAAGCAGACCGAAUGAUCAAAGCUAUUCAAGCGAAUGGUGACGAGGUCCUCUCGCGUUUCGACCUGCUCGGUGUAUCGGAAAACACCUCUCGAGAACUCAAGGCGGCUAUGGGCCCUAAGGUCUUCCAAAAUUGUGCCAGUUUCUUGUACAUCCCAUACGAUUCCACUGAAGAAGCGUCCGACUACCUGGACUACACUCGUGUCCACCCCGAGGAUUAUGAUCUCGCCCGCAAGAUGGUCGCUGACGCCCUCAACAUGGAUGAGGAGGACGUCAAGGCCGAAGUUGACGAUGGUGGCGCAAGUGCUGUCAUCAGGAAGAUGGUCAGGGAAGACACCACAGACCUGGUCAAUGACUUGGCGCUUGAGGACUACGCAGCAGAGAUCGAAAAGAACUUCGGCCAAAGGAAACGUGCUACUCUCGAGACUAUCCGUGCCGAGUUGGAGAACCCCUACGAAGAGAUCAGGCAAAUCUUCGCUUUGAUGACUGGUGAGGAAGUCUUUACUAUGCUCACUGGUGAGACCAAGGAAACUCUUUACGAAAAUAUGGUCGUCCCAGUACAGAUCAAGCGCACUUUCCCUGACCACAUCGAGGUUAGACUCGAGAACGGCAUUGAAGGUGGUAUAUCUGAGUCUGAGUUCCCUGAGGGCGUUGGAAGCGGUGGACAAGAGCCUCGCCACGUCUACCAAACACAUCAGACAGUCCGUGCUCGUAUUGUCUACCUGAACCGCAAAACCCUCACUGUACAGCUUUCUCUGCGAGAAGAUCUCAUCCGACAGCCGGUACCGCGAGCUAUCGAUCGCAUCCCUGGCGAAUGGGAUGAUGCACAAGAGCGCGCCGAUAAGCAGGCCGCCGAGAAAGAGAAGGAAGUUGCAUCUGGCCGACCCAACCGUGUCAUCAACCACCCUCUGUUCUUCAGCAUGAACGCAGCUCAGGCGGAAGAGUACCUUGGUAGCAAAGAGCCUGGCGAGCUUGUCAUUCGUCCAUCAUCAAAGGGUUUCGACCACCUGGUCGUAACAUGGAAGGUCUCCAACAGCGCCUAUCAACAUCUUGACGUGCUAGAACUGGGCAAGGAGAGCGAGUACUCGCUCGGCAAGCAGCUCAGGGUCGGCAAGGCAACGUACACCGAUCUUGACGAAUUGAUCGUUAACCACGUCGAGGCAAUGGCGCGCAAGGUCGCCGAACUCACACGAGACGAGCGUUUCCAGCAAGGCACAAAGGAAGACACAGAACUCUGGCUCGAAAACUACUGCAAAGCCAACCCCAGCCGCUCCAUGUACGCCUUCUGCAGCAUGCCCAAGCACCCCGGCUACUUCUGGAUCUGUUUCCAGAUGGGCUACAACAAGCCCCAGGGCGCGUGGGGUAUCAAGGUCGUGCCCAAUGCGUUUGAGCUACACAAGAAUGCCUACCCGGAUAUGGUUGCGCUGAAGAACGGGUUCAAGUUGUUGAUUCAGAGUGGUGCUGGCGCGAGGCCGGGCGGUGGUGCUGUGUCUAGGCGGUAAAGCAUAGGUGACGAGAAGAGGGUGGACCGAGUCUCGAGGUGGAGUUGCAUUUGUAAUCAUGUUUCCAUCAUAGUUUUGCGAAGCGGUCGAAGGUAGCAUGGCGGAGGAGAGGGGGAAGAUGUAGAGCGAUACUCACAUCAUUGGGAUCUGGCGCACGUUGAACUUUGCUUGCUCAACAGUCUUAGGCCUCAAAAUCAACGGCUUAGUCUGGAUAUAUCAACACGUUAAAAGUUACAAUACCAC